AUGCAGACAUCGACUGCUGAGUCCGGCUUGGAUCCGGCCCCGCAAGCCUGUCAAUCAUGCAGGUCACGCAAGAGGAAAUGUGAUAGAGCACUUCCCAGAUGUGCCUCUUGUGCCAAACAUGAUCGACCAUGCGAAUACUGGAGGCCAGCUCCAACCCCUCGUUCAGUGACUGCAUGUACCCCCGAGAACCCAUGGUUCAUAUCCCCACCGAAUGAUGACAACCCGAAUAUCCAAUCGAUUGAUUUCUCCUCUAUACUAUUCCUUGAUCCUGGUUUGUUGCAGCAUGGAUUAGUGGAGACGGUUCGUUUCGCCCCGCCUGUCCCGCCGCAUAUUCUCCAUCUACUAGGUGACCUAGAUGAGAUCCGUUUGACUGCAGAGAGGUUCUUUAAUCAUAUACAUCGAUGGAUGCCAUUUAUAUCCAAGAAGCGAUUCUAUGACCUUUAUCUGCUGCCUUCAUUCCAAACACGAUCCGAAUUAGUCUUACUUUUCCUGGCAAUGAAGCUUAUCACGACCUUUCCACCGACUGGUUCACAGAGUCAUCGUACAGCGCUAUAUCACGCAGCUAAGCAUUUCCAUCUGAUGACGGAAGAGUGUCUAUCCAUAUUAGUACUACAAGCGGGGCUUCUGAUAGCACUGUAUGAGCUUGGGAAUGGAAUAUACCCAGCUGCAUACCUGUCGAUCGGAGCGUGUGCGAGGUAUGCUUAUGCAUUGGGGAUCAAUGUUUGUGAGACAGUGCCCAAAAAGAAAGUGCUCACUCUUGUUGAAGUUGAGGAGAGGAGACGAGUUUGGUGGGCCAUUGUUGUUCUAGACCGGUUUAUAAGCAUUGGGUGCCCAGGGCGUCCUUUCGCAACGGCUGAUCCAAAACUUGAUGAUUUGUUACCAUCUGAUGAUACUGCGUGGGAUGAAGGGAUCGUUAGGCCGGACAGACUUUCGGCUCUCUCAUAUCCGACGGCAGGAAAUAUGAGCAAAUUUGCCCUGGUUUGUCAGGCUGCUCGCCUUUUAGGUCAAGUCCUCCACUUUCUCUCUCAUGAUCCGGCUAGCCAAGAUGGUGCUUGGCAGCAACUUGAUCGUACAUUGCAUUCAAUGCUCACGGCUGCGUUGAACAUCGACGACCCAGAUUAUGACCAGAUCACAUUUAUCUACAGUGCCUUGGUUGCUCUGUACACACCCUGGAUAUCGUCUAAUGCGAAUAAAAAAAUCGAUAACGAUUACGCUCAGCAAGCCAAUCUUACUUUGCAACAAAUUAUCGAUCGAACCAAUGCAAACUUGAUCGAGCGUCAAUGCUUUCUUGGUCGUAACCCAGAAGACAUAUCCCCUUGGGGCCUAUACUUUGCGUACCGAAUCUGUAGUGCACAUAUGCAUCCUAGCAGAAGUUCUGACAACGCCGAUGUGAGUAAGACUCUUUGUGAAACUCUCCAGGUCAUUGAUAUGCGUUGGGGUGUCGCAGGUGUGUAUCUUCAACUACUGGAAGCACAGGAGGCGAUCCACCAACUUGAAGGAAGUUGA